GAGAGAGAGAGAGAGAGAGCACUCCAGGUUGGCGCAGGCACCGGACCGGGAGAACGGAGCGUUGUUCACGGCGGCAGCAUGGCUUCGUCUCACGGGAGAAGCGACAUGCGCUUUGCAGACUGGAUGGCAAGUUUACCGCAGAGCAUGCACACUAUUCCGCUCACCAACCUGGCUAUUCCCGGUUCCCAUGAUUCCUUCAGUUUCUACAUUGAUGAGGCGUCCCCGGUGGGACCCGAGCAGCCAGAGACGGUGCAGAACUUUGUUUCUGUUUUUGGCACGGUGGCCAAGAAACUAAUGAGGAAGUGGUUAGCUACACAGACGAUGAACUUCACCAGCCAGCUGGAGGCUGGGAUCCGCUUCUUUGACCUGCGCAUCUCCACCAAACCCCGCGACCCCGACAACGAGCUGUUCUUCGCCCACGGGCUCUUCAGUGCCACGGUCAGAGAAGGUCUAGAGCAGAUCAGCAGUUUCCUGUCGUCUCAUGCCAGAGAGGUUGUGUUCCUGGACUUCAACCACUUCUACGGUGUGCAGAACCUGCACCAUGAAAAACUGGUGGCCAUGUUAAAAGAGGUGUUUGGGGACAAGCUCUGCCCAGUCGUCUUCGCUCAGGAGGUGUCUCUGCAGUAUCUGUGGGAGAAGGAGUACCAGGUGGUUGUCUUCUACCACCACCCCAAUGCCCUGGAAGUGCCCUUCCUGUGGCCAGGGCAGAUGAUGCCCACUCCCUGGGCCAACACUACCGACCCAGAGAAGCUUGUUCAGUUUCUCCAGGCGUCUGUCACUGACCGCAGGAGGAAGGGGACCUUCUUUGUCUCCCAGGUGGUUCUGACACCAAAGGCCAGCACAGUGAUGAAGGGCAUGAAUAGCGGACUGAGAGAGACAAUCACAGACAGGGCCUUACCGGGCAUGAUGCAGUGGAUCAGAUCUCAGAGACCCGGGGAGAGCGGCAUCAACAUUAUCACAGCUGACUUUGUGGAGCUCGGAGAGUUCAUCAGCGCCGUCAUCACCCUCAACUAUCACCUGGACGACGAGGAAGAUGAUGCCACCUGAGAGCCCACAGGGGGCGGCGGGGAGCACGGUCACCACCACUAGCACUAGGGGCUUUGGUCUGUGCUCUCACUCUUUUCUCUUUGGCAUUUAUUUCAGGAGGAGAGCUGCACUGCUCCUUUCACUUUAUUUAGGGCUAUAGUGAAUUGACAGCUCAAAUGGCAAAAGGGUGUUGAGGUAAGAGAAGUUGGGAUUGGGAGAAACGACACAGGUGUUUGAUUGGAGCACGAAGAGAGUGAGGUUACGAUUUGUCUUUCUUCUAUUUUGGGGAUCGACAUUUUGUUUCUCAAGGAUGGUGAUUUUCUUUACUUCCUGUGCUGUAAAAGUAACUGCAUUUUCCACUGAUCAAAUGCACUGUUUUCUGACUUACCACUUCACCUGGGGUAGAUUCCUCUCAGCAUAUCAACUUUCAACUAAGUGUAUUGGUACAUUCUUUUUUUGUAUUCUAGUGACAGUUUUUUUCAGAAGUUGUUGUAAAAUAAGCUUAUGUAACUUAAACCACUCUAAUUCUGGGCUGGUUUAAAUAGCUUGCCGUUCUUUGUCCAAACCCGUACAAAAGAUUUUUUUUAAAUAACUAUUAUAGUAUGCAUCCCUGAUCAGAUCACUGCAGGUGUCUCUGAAAAACAGCAGAAUGUGUUUAAAACGUGUUAUUACAAAAUAUUUGGUCAGUACAUAGACAAUAAAUUAACCAUCUUCCAUAUGUUUCCUCAGCAGUAGUCUCUGAAGGGGCUUUCUCCCAGUAAUAGUCUCCUCUGAAGUCAGCUUGCAGCCUAGGCAUUGAUCAGACACCUUUGUGCAUCGGUAAGUCAUUACCUCGCUCAUUCAAAACCACAGAGAUUUUGAGAGGGUGCAGCUCGGCUAGUGGAGAUCAAUGUACCAAUCACUCUAUGGUGCAUCUAAACGAAACAACAAUCUUAACAAUGUCAGCAUGUUUGAAAUUCCAAGACAAGCACCAGCUGUCGCUGCAAGGAACCUACAAAAAAUGAUUUCUUUAGGAAAUGCAAUCAAUGCUACUAGUCAUUUCUAAUGGUUAAGAAUCCAACGAGACAAAUGUAUUGGAUGUUUUGGGUGGGUGCUGAGUCGUGAUAGCCAAGUACAAAAAUACAGUACAUCUGGGUACGAGAGUGUAUCCACCGUCUGUGUGUGCGCCUAUCCUUACUUCUGUAGUGCAGUCUAUAUGAGUCAUCAUGAGAUGUAUCACGGUGUUGUGUCUUUCAUAAUAACAGGUGAUAAUGUUGCUUCACACUCACUCACAGACAUGUUUUAUCUAAAGUCAGAAGAGGCUAAACAUCAUAAAUAUGGAGUCAGUGGGUCUUGAUGUAACAGCCGUGUUUUGACACAUUGAAAAUAAUACAGUAAAUGUUUAGUUUAAUAUCUAGCUGUAACUCUUCGGUGUCUACCUUAUUAGGUGUUUCAUGUGUCUGAAUGUUACUGAAUCCCCGGAUUUCUGCUAUAUCCUUUAGUUCCAUUUCAUUUUCAUUCAUGUUUAAUGGGUGUCAUUCUAUAUACCCUGCAGUAUUUCAUUUAGGAUGGAAAAGUACUUUAAACAUGGCACCCAGAAAGAAAAUAGGAAUAUUUUUUAUUGCAAGGUUUCACAUCACAUACGAGUCAAACAUCCACACGUUAUGAUCGGUGUGGCAUUUUCUGCUGAGAAUGUAUUCUGUAAAGACAUUGUUGUCUAGUUUGGUAACAUACAACCAAAACAAGAAACUCAACUCUUUGGAUUUGUGAAUGUAUGUGUCUUGUAAGUAACUCUGGCAUUUCUAAAAAAAAAAAUAAAAAAAAAGGUCUCAUGAUGGAGUGACUGAGUAUCAGCUGGAAAGUCAUUUUUUUUGUAUUGUACGCUUCAAUAUGGAGCUCAAGUUGAAGUUUUACAGUUCGAACGGUUCUUCUUUCACUUCAGUGUGGUUUCAUGUUCAAAUGUUUUAUAUCGUGGAAAGUUUGUACAUACUGUAAUUGCAAAUAGUAUGCAGCCGAUGAAUUGUAAAUUAUUUAAACUUUUGCAAAGUCAUUGACGAUAAUUUCUUAACUUAUACCUUAACUGAGCUAUCAUAUUGCUUCUUCUAUUCAUAUUUUCAAGUGCAUGAACCCAACAGUACUUUUGUUGUUUAGCAACAGGGUCCAUUAGUGUUUGUGCAUCUGCUAAGUUACCUUCUGCAUAAUGCUCUCAGGAGCACGAGUGCAUCUCAGCUGGAAAUGUUUUUACCCUUUAAGACACAUCUCCAAAAUGGAUCUAUUUUUUAAACGUUGCAGUGCUACUACCCCAUACACAUAGGAAUGAAAACAAGCAGACUUUGAAGGUUUGUAAACUGUGUUGUAAGGACAUUUGUGUCUUCCUCUGGUCCAUACCGUUGUCAUUGCCUUUAUGUUCUGGUGUGAAAAGAGUCCUUUGCUGUUGUAAAAUUAAAAAAAAACUUUUGUUCAAAGGUGACUCUAUUGUAAGUGGAAACGGCAAAACAAAUAAAGCUUCUAUGCCUAAUGAGUGACUAUGUCAAGUA